CAGUAUUAUUUUGGGGAUUCAAAUCUGGCCAGAGACAAGUUUCUUCUUGAACAAAUCAAACUUGAUGAUGGAUGGGUGUCGAUGGAAACCUUGCUGAAGUUCAAUCGUCUGAAGCAGAUCACUGAGGACCCAGCAGUCGUUGUGGAUGCAUUGAAAAAAUCCACAGCUGGUUUGAUCGAAAUAAGUGAAGAUAAAUUAAAAAUAAGAAGAGAUCCGAGCAAGCCACUGCCUACCUCAACUAAAGAUUCAGCAGAAGAAUCUAAACAAAGAACCAUAUAUGCUAAAGGUUUUCCAUUAGACGCGAAGUUGGAUGAUUUAAUGGAAUUCUUUGAGAAGUUUGGCCAAGUAGAGCACGUCUGUAUGAGAAGAGAUUUUAAAAAAAGUUUUAAGGGUUCCUGCUUUGUGACCUACAAAACUAAAGAAGACGCUGACAACUUCAUAAAAUCAGAAAAUACCAAAUAUUCAGAUGAUGUCGAGAUGAUUAAACAUUAUAAGUAG